GCCGCGGCUACUUCGGGAGCCUUGCGGCCAGCAUGGGGCCUGGCCGCGUCCGCGCAGUGUUCUUCGACCUGGACAACACGCUCAUCGACACGGCCGGGGCGAGCAGGAGGGGCAUGCUGGAGGUGAUAAAACUCUUACAAUCAAAAUACCAUUACAAAGACGAAGCUGAAGUCAUCUGUGACAAAGUUCAGGUCAAACUCAGCCAGGAGUGCUCCCACCCCGCCAGCACAUGCAUCACCGACCUGCGGACCACCCACUGGGAAGAGGCGAUCCUGGAGACCAAAGGCGGCCCACCCAACCGGACGCUAGCCGCAGAGUGCUACCUCCUGUGGAAAUCCACACGCCUGCAGCACAUGGUGCUGGAGGAAGACGUCAGGGCCAUGCUCGCUGAGCUGCGGCAGGACUUCCAGCUGCUGUUACUGACCAACGGGGACAGGCAGACCCAGCGGGAGAAGAUCGAGGCGUGCGGCUGCGAGCCCUGUUUUGACGCCGUGGUCGUGGGUGGGGAGCAGGUGGAGGAGAAGCCGGCGCCCUCCAUAUUCCACCACUGCUGCGACCUCCUCGGGGUACAGCCUGCAGACUGCGUCAUGGUGGGGGACACACUGGACACCGACAUCCAAGGCGGCCUCAACGCGGGGCUGGGCGCCACAGUCUGGGUGAAUGCCGGGGCAGCAGGCCCGCCCGCGGGCUCGCCCACGCCACACUACAUCGUGGCCUCCGUGCUGGAGCUGCCCGAGCUCCUGCGCAGGAUGGACCGCGAGCGAGGCGAGUCCUGAGCCGCAUCCCUGG